AUGUCAUUCAGAGAAGAAGAAGAUUCCAACGACGAAUUGGAACAAGGAAGGAUGCAACCCUUGCAUGAGGAUGAGAAUGAUGAAGAGUUUGACAUGCAAUACAACAGGCCAAAGCAUAAUCAAGAUGAUGAUUUUGAAUACAAUAUGGAAGAGGAUGAAAGUGAUGAUGAAAUUUAUUCCAUAAGCUCCGAUGACGAGAAAGAAGUGACGACUCAAACAAAAACACCUCUUUCUGGAAGAUUUUCGGACUUACAAAUUAUUGGAAGGAAACAAACCCCAAGUUCAUCUCCUGAAACAAGAGUACCUGUUUCGUCGAGUCCAACACCACAACAGGACAGCUCUCGACCAUCUUCUCAAGAAAGUGAAAAGAAAAGUCCACCCAAUACAAAAUCGAGAGCAACAUUCAUCACAACAACCAAUCCCAUGAAACUAUAUGACUCGAUGAGUGAAGUGAUUGAACCUCCUCCGCCAAAAUUCUCAUUCAACACUAGAAAAUAUGAAGACGAGAAUGACAUUAAAUCCUUAACCUCAAGUAGGAAUGAAAGUGACAUAAUCUCUGUGAUUGGUGAUGAUAGCAGAAAAAGCACAUUUGAUUAUUUAAAACAAAAACAAGAGCAAUUAUUCAAGUUAAAUCAGCAGAUUAACAUUGAAACCAAGCAAGUUCUAAAAGAAACUGACAAUAUUGUAAAGCAACAAUCAAAGAAAAUUGAAGAAAUUGGAGUGAAACCAAAUCUGAAUAGAGUCAACAGCACUGUUGGGAAUCAUUCACGAUCAGUAACGCCGUCUCAGAAUAGAUACAAUGUGGUUGCUACUCCAUCCUCGACUUCAAAACAACGACCUGCCAGCGCAUCCAUUGCAGCUAAAAAGAAAGUCCAAGAAAACAUUGAUGAGCUCGAGCAAUACGAAGAUGACGAUUUAGAUCGAGCAGCCAAUGAGAUGGGACUUGAAGCUGCAAUGAAAUUUUACAAAGCUCGAGUGAAGUCCCUUCAGAAAGAUGUUCUUGAAUAUAGUAAUCAGCUAAAACUGAAGGACGAUAAAAUCAAAGAAUUAGAUGUCAAGUACAAUGCAGCUUUAAUUGAGAGUAAGAAAAUAAGCAAAAAUCAAGCUCAAUUUCAAUCUAGAUUGGACCGACAGAGGAAAGAGUUUGAUGCUCUCCAACUUAAAUUUAAAAAGCAAGCCAGCCUGAUCAACGACAUGCAGAAAGAAAAUGAAAAGCUCAAACUCAAUAUGAAGGUAGAUCCUUCUUCACACACGAAUCCAUCAUCCAGUGAAUCACCCAAUUCUGAAAAUCGUAUCAAGGAUAUCAAGUAUACAAGAGCUCUGGAAGAGAUUGAGAAAUAUAAAUCGCAAAUUGCGGAGCUUCAAAAAUCUCAGAGAGAGGAAAAUGAUAAACAACGCAAAGAAGCAGAAGCUUUGCGAAAAGAAAACAAGCGGUUAGAUCGUCAAAAACAAGAUAUAGUACUUGCCUUCAAAAAGCAGAUGAAAUUGAUUGACAUACUGAAAAGACAAAUCAUUCAUUUAGAGGCCUCAAAACAACUUUCAUUCACAGAGGAAGAAUUUACCUCUCUUAUGAAUCAAUAG